AUGACUCGUUCAACAUCUCGCUCAUCCUCGCGGACUAAGCCUAAACCCUCAGCAUGUGGACUACACGUCAAUAUAGAUGAUGCGGAAACGCUACUCCCUCAGCCGGUGCGCGGAGGUCUACGGCGUGGCCUAUCUGCACGUCAAGUACAAAUGAUUGCAAUCAGUGGUACCAUUGGAACUGGACUCUUCCUGGGAACCGGAAAAUCUCUUGCCCAAGGUGGUCCUGCGAGCAUCCUGAUUUGCUAUGCCAUAUACCCAGUGGCUGGGUCGUUUAACGCAUAUGCAACACGCUUUUUUUCACCAUCUUACGGUUUUGCCCUAUCGUGGAGCUAUUGGUUCAACGAGGCAGUAUCUGUCACCUCUGAUCUCACUGCCGCCCAACUGGUGUUACAAUUCUGGACGCCGUCAUAUCCUUGGCUGGUCAGCCUGCUCUUUUGGGUGUUCCUUAUAUUACUUAACUCCUUUCACGUCAAAGCUUACGGAGAAGUGGAGUAUUGGCUUUCAUUCCUGAAGGUCGCCACCGUCGUGAUCUUCAUCAUCCUUGGCAUCCUUGUCAAUGUAGGUGUCAAUCAGUCACAUACCUACAUCGGAGCACACAAUUGGCUCAUUCCUGGCGCUCCGUUCAUUGGUGGCUUUGGUGGUUUCGCCAAGGUUUUCGUGACAGCUAGUUUCGCAUAUGGUGGAACAGAAAGUCUAGGUAUCACCGCAGGAGAGACAGAGAACCCUUCGAAGAACAUGCCAAAGGUUGUCAAGUCUGUGUUCUGGAGGAUUCUGAUAUUUUAUAUCCUGAGCAUCCUGCUCAUCGGCCUGAAUGUGCCAUGGGAUUACCCGAAUCUAUCAAAUAAAACGACCACUACAUCCCCUUUUACGAUUGUAUUUACUCUAGCUGGUUCAACUGUAGCCGGGUCAUUUAUGAAUACCGUCAUUCUUACCUCUGUAUUAUCUGCCGGUAAUCACGCCCUUUUUGCGGGGACCAGAGUUCUCUAUGGCCUAUCUGUUGUUAGCCCCACCCCCCACGCACCUCGUAUAUUUUCUCGGACCACUCGGGCAGGUGUUCCUUUGUACGCGCUGCUUGCGACCAGUAGCAUUAGCGUGCUCUGUCUAGGCAGUAGUUCUAUCGGCAGUGGCCAGCUGUGGGGAUGGUUGCAAAACAUUGUUGGAGUCUCAACCCAGAUUGCCUGGUUAUCAAUUGGAUUGGCCAGUUGGAGAUUCAGGAAAGCCUGGAUCAGACAAGGUCGAUCUUUAGAUGAAAUGAAGUUUCGGGCAUCAUGGACGUGGCCAUGGGGUCCUUACUUUGUUAUUAUCGCAGUGACCUCCCUCAUCUUGAUCCAAGGAUGGUCGUCUAUAUUCCCCACAUUCUCACCAGUGGAUUUUGUUUCCUUAUACAUCGAGAUACCCAUCAUGGUUAUCAUGGGCCUCUGCUGGGUCCUGGCUAAGAACACCUUCAUAGACUCUAUACCAGUUCCAGGUAACGCCGAUCACCCUAAUGAGACGACCACUCUGAUACCCCGCAACGCUGGAACCCAAGAAGCUCAUUCUAAGUGGAGGUCCGAUAUUGUGGAUAUUCAAACCGUUGAUCUGUAUAGUGACGAAUAUGCCGACGAACCAUUAGAUGAAGUAAAGGAUGAACCAAAGGGAAAGAGGUUCAGUUUUUUUUGGAGGUUGUAUGACAUGCUGGCUUAGAUUUCGCGUUUGUUAUCAAGUCUUCCUCCUGGAUACUGAGAUUAUACACUUGUUCUAGUUCCACAUCUCCCCGUGUGUCAUGUUCCUCAUAAUCAUCACAUAUUGUAUCCUAUCUAGUUGUAUUGUUUAACAUGAUAUGAAGCACUAUCUCACGAAAGCUCAAA